AUGCUGUUCGCGUGGAUCACCGGCCUUCUCCUCCUGGCCACCGUCAGAGGGAAGGAAGUCUGCUAUUCACACCUCGGCUGCUUCUCCAAUGAAAAGCCGUGGGCAGGGACCCUUCGGAGGCCUUUGAAGUUAUUUCCCUCCUCCCCCGAGAGCAUCAACACUCAGUUUUUUCUGUACACAAAUGAAAAUCAGAACAACUAUCAACUGAUCACUGCCACUGAUCCAGCCACCAUCGAGGCUUCCAACUUCAACCUAGACCGUAAGACGCGCUUCAUUAUCCAUGGCUUCAUAGACAAUGGAGAGAAGAACUGGCUGACAGACAUGUGCAGGAGAAUGUUCCAAGUGGAGAAAGUGAACUGCAUCUGCGUGGACUGGCAGGGCGGGUCUCUAGCCAUGUACAGCCAGGCUGUUCAGAAUGUCCGGGUCGUGGGCGCCGAGGUGGCUUACUUAGUGCAAGUGCUGUCGGAGCAGCUGGGGUACGAGCCUGCGAACGUGCACCUGAUCGGACACAGCCUGGGCGCGCACGCGGCAGGGGAGGCUGGCCGGAGGCUGGAGGGCCGCGUGGGCAGGAUCACAGGGCUGGAUCCAGCAGAGCCAUGCUUCCAGGGCACACCUGAGGAGGUUCGCCUGGAUCCAUCCGACGCCAUGUUUGUGGACGUGAUUCACACAGAUAUUGCUCCCAUAGUUCCUUCCUUUGGUUUUGGCAUGAGCCAGAAGGUGGGCCAUAUGGAUUUCUUUCCAAAUGGAGGAAGAGAUAUGCCUGGAUGUGAGAAAAAUAUCGUUUCAACCAUCAUUGAUGUCAAUGGAUUCUGGGAAGGAAUCAACAACCUUGCCGCUUGCAACCACCUGCGGAGCCACAAGUAUUAUUCCAGCAGCAUCCUCAACCCCGAUGGCUUCGUGGGCUACCCCUGUGCCUCCUAUGAGGAGUUCCAGGAGGAUGGCUGUUUCCCUUGUCCAGCCGAAGGAUGCCCCAAAAUGGGGCACUAUGCUGACCAAUUCCCGGGGAAAACCAGUGGUGUGGAGCAAACCUAUUUUCUGAACACAGGAGACAGUGGUAACUUUACUCGUUGGAGGUAUAAGGUGUCAGUCACGCUGUCUGGAGAAAAGAGACUGAGAGGCUCCAUCAAGAUUGCUUUAUAUGGAAGGAACAGAAACUCAAAGCAAUACGAGAUCUUCAAGGGAUCCCUCAAACCAUAUGCCAGGCACACCCAUGACAUUGAUGUGGACUUCAAUGUGGGAGAAAUCCAGAACGUUAAGUUCCUCUGGAAUAGUAAUGCGAUAAAUCUCUUCCAUCCCAAACUGGGGGCUUCCCAAAUCACAGUGCAGAGCGGUGAAUAUGGGACCGAGUAUAACUUUUGCAGCAGCGACACCGUGCAAGAAGACGUCUUGCAGUCUCUUUCCCCUUGUUAA